UCGUUUUUUAGUCACAAAUCGAGCAGCCGGCCGCUGUCAAAAUAUUUUGAUUUUUCGAAUUGUCUCAAAAUCUAAUAUAAAUCGGAAACUUCCUUCCAAACUUUAUAAACAUACAAUUCUAUAAGCGGUGUCUGUCCUCAAAAUGCUGCGCCAACUAAGGAUGACGUUGGAUAUUUCGAGCUGGAUUUUUUUGCCGUGGAGACGUUGUGCAUCGAAUGUGCGGAAUCCUCCUCCGCCACUGACCAGCACCUUUGACGAUGUGAUUGUCGACUACGAGGACCCGGACUAUCUGCCGUUGCCGGAAUAUCCUGUGCGUCCCAACGAGCCGUUGGAUAUUCGAAAGCAGCGUCUUUUGUAUCAAUCCCGUAAGCGCGGAAUGCUGGAAAACGAUCUUCUGCUCAGCACAUUUGCGGCCAAGCACCUUCAGAAAUUCAGCGCCGAGCAAACGGCUUUAUACGAUCAGUUAAUCAACGGGGUCAGCAAUGACUGGGACAUCUACUACUGGGCCACCAACGUGAAGCCCGUUCCCAAGGAGUACGACACGGAGAUUAUGAUGCUCUUGAAGGAGCACGUGAAGAAUGCCGAGCGGGUCUCACGUCUCCGCCAGCCGGAUUUGAAUACUUAGUAUUCCCUGACCUUAUCCAUAUGCUUAUAUAUUUGUCAAUUGCUUUGAAGCCUUCAUUAUAAUGUGAUCCAGGAGAUCGUCACCUUCCACAUUGAGCUAAAAUCGAAUUCUUUGAUCCUGAAUACAAUCUGUUCGAAAGUUUCCAAAGAUCCUUAAAGUCUUUGCAGUGCAAUCAUGAAGGUCUAUAAAUUUAUCGUUAUGGCUAUCAAUAGCAAAAACUCAAAAAAAUUAAAAAUUAAGAAAUAUAUCAGGGACUGAAAAUAACAGUUAUUUUGUUACUUUUGACCUAACAAAUCUUACACUUCGGAUUACACUAAAAACCUAAGAUAAAAUUCACAAAUCCAAUUUAUUGUAGUUUAUUCAAUCUCACAAAGACCUUAAAAAAAUUUAACUUUUUUGGAAAUGUUCAUGAACUAACUAUUAUCGUCUGACUUUUAUAUAAAAGUCUGUAAAUAAGUUAUUUCUUGACUGAAAAGUUAAAUUCUUCCCGUAACUUUUAUUUAAGUCAUUAGACUGAAAAAAUAAAAGUCCAAGUAACUGUUAUGAGAAGACUUAUUAAAAAA